UUACAAAACACUCGUCUCUCUUUAGUAACGUAUACGUUUUAAUUACAUUAACAAUUUGACAAAAGAAUAGAUAGAAAAAAAAAAUAAGAAACAAGGAAGCAAGCAAAUGCAGAAAAUAUCUGCGAAAUUGUUUAAAGAAGUUCCUCCUAAAAUUGUCAAAAUGCAAGGAUAAAACCCAAAGUGUAGUGUGGAAAGAAACAAAAAAGAAUUAAAAAGAAAAUUUUCGCAUAUUUCCAUCUGGGAAGAAAUCCUUUCAGAGUAUGUCUGUAUAAAGGAAAAAGUGUGUGUGUUUGUGUGAUUUGAAGUGUAACCCAAAUUUCAGGCUCUAAUUCAUGUUUUCCGUUCAUACUCCUCUACAAGAAGUACAACAGGACAAUACUCGCAAAAUCUCUUACCAACUUAAGUACAAUCAUUGUAUUCGACUGUGUUGUUCUCCAAAGAAAACUCAUGAAUAAGGCAACCAUGUUCCAGUUGGAUCAACCCACUAGUGUAUGAAACAAGGAACAGGACUCGGGAGCAGUAGCAGAAGCAAGCAACAGGCAAUAAACAUUUCAUACAAGCCAAAGUAAUUAAGAGCCAACUUUAACCCAAUUUGCCUGAAAUACGGCUAUAGCAGCAAGAGCAACAAUAGCAACGACCCAAAAAUUGUCUCCACCCCAGAUAAGGGGAAGAAGAACUACAUCGACUACUACAACAAUACCAAAAAAGAAAAAAAAAAACGGGAGGCAAAAAGAGUAAAGGAGAGCUGCUAAACAAUAUACAUGUAUGUAAAUAUAUGUAUAAUAAAUUAUUAUAAAAAAAGCGAAAAGUGACAACGAUCGACGCACAAGCUUCUUUCUAUCAAAGCAACCGGCGCCUUGGGCAAGGAAUUACAUUUUGGACAGCCCCUGGUGACCAAAGUGCAUGGAAUUUUCAUGUGAUUUAAGAAGUGUGAAAGCGGGCCAAAGCCAGAGAUAACAAAAUGCAGAAGGAAAACAACACAACAAUAGAGAAUUGCCAAUAUGUGGGCCCAUAUCGCCUGGAAAAAACACUCGGAAAGGGACAAACUGGUCUGGUUAAAUUGGGUGUUCACUGUGUGACUGGAAAGAAGGUGGCCAUCAAAAUUAUAAAUAGAGAAAAACUAAGUGAAUCUGUGUUAAUGAAGGUUGAACGAGAAAUAGCUAUUAUGAAACUGAUUGAUCAUCCUCAUGUUUUGGGUCUUAGUGAAGUCUAUGAAAAUAAAAAAUAUUUGUAUUUGAUUUUGGAACAUGUGUCUGGCGGAGAGCUGUUCGAUUAUCUGGUAAAGAAAGGCCGCUUGACGCCUAAGGAAGCUCGAAAAUUUUUCCGUCAAAUUAUCUCAGCAUUAGAUUUCUGCCACUCACACUCAAUUUGUCAUAGGGAUUUGAAACCGGAAAAUUUGCUCCUGGAUGAAAAAAAUAACAUCAAAAUCGCGGAUUUUGGUAUGGCUUCCCUACAGCCGGCGGGUUCAAUGCUAGAAACCUCUUGCGGCUCGCCACAUUAUGCAUGUCCUGAAGUAAUACGGGGUGAAAAGUACGACGGCCGGAAGGCGGAUGUAUGGUCGUGCGGUGUCAUCUUGUACGCACUUCUCGUGGGUGCUCUCCCUUUCGAUGAUGAUAAUUUACGGCAGCUGUUGGAGAAAGUGAAGCGAGGUGUGUUCCAUAUACCACACUUUGUGCCACCCGACUGCCAGAGUUUGCUGCGCGGUAUGAUCGAAGUAAAUCCUGAGCGACGAUUGACGUUGGCAGAAAUAAAUCGACAUCCUUGGGUAACGGCCGGUGGCAAGGGUGAAUUAGAGUUAGAGUUGCCUAUGAUGGAAGUUGUCCAAACACAUGUUAUACCCUCUGCAUCGGCUGUGGACCCAGACGUUUUAAAUGCCAUCUGUUCCUUGGGUUGUUUUAAGGAGAAGGAUAAACUUAUACAGGAGUUGCUGAGCUCAACACACAAUACCGAAAAGGUGAUUUAUUUUUUAUUACUGGACCGUAAACGGAGACGUCCAGCAUUGGAAGAUGACGAUGAAAUUACUCAAAAAUCUCGUAGUGAAUUAGACUCUGUGGAUCCGCCUCGAAAGCGUUUAGACACAUGUCGCAUUAAUGGCACUAAUUCAACCAGCUAUGGCCAAAUCUCAGAAGGAUCUCCAUUGACGCCAAGAAGACAAGCAUUCAAUAGCACACGAAACCAUCAAAGGCGUUCUCCUACAUCGGUUUCUACGAUGCGCUCUUCAUCAUAUCACAGUCCAACACGAUGCAAUUCUCCCAUAAACUCGACCCAACAGCAGGCAAAUGUAUUGUCGAGACCUUCGUCGCCGGCGGCGUCAUCGGGUCAUUCAUCUCGCCACUCAACAUAUGGUGAUAGAGAGCGAUCGUCUUCAGUCCAUCAUCCACCCAGCGGUCGAGCGUCAGCACACUCAUCACAGACGUGUAUUGAUGGACACAAUAGUGGUGGGGGUGGAGGUAGUGUGGGCAGCACUAAUGAGGUUGUGGCUCGAGAAAUUCGCGAGAGAAGGGAAUCACGCAACGAACGGUCAUCCACAGUACAAACGAGUUGUGUGCCCGGGAGCCCAGGUGGCAAUUCUGCCACUGUGCACCAAAGGGCAAAUUCAGGACCUACUAUUGCUAUUAGCAUGUUCCACGAUCCUGAGGCUAACAAUGUAAUGAAUCCUACAACAUCACCGUUGAUGAACAAUAGUACAGCUGCCAUGCCAGGUUCACCCUGCAAUGCUCCCGGUGGGCAACUAUGGAAAACUAGACUAACCAAUAUAAAAAAUAGCUUUUUAGGCAGUCCCAGAUUUCAUCGAAGAAAACUACAGGUUUCCGCUGAUGAGGUUCAUCUGACACCAGAAUCAUCACCAGAAUUAACGAAACGUUCAUGGUUUGGUAAUCUGAUAACAACCGAAAAGGAUGAAACUUUUACGAUUUUGGUCAAAGGCAAACCUAUAGCCACAGUCAAAGCUCAUUUAAUACAUGCAUUUUUGUCGAUGGCCGAAUUGUCUCACAGCGUGGUUUCUCCCUCAUCAUUUCGAGUCGAAUAUAAGCGCAAUGGCAACGGCCCAGUCAUGUUUCAGAGACAUGUUAAAUUUCAGGUUGAUAUCAGUGCGAUUUGUAAACAAGGCGAUGUUGCUGAUAUGCUUUUUGCUUUAACUUUUACACUCUUGUCUGGUAAUAUAAGACGCUUUAGGCGCAUUUGUGAACAUAUACAGUCACAGGUAUGUUCAAAACGUUUUCCAGGACCCAAUAGUCCACCAUCCGUACCAUCUGUGACGCAGGCUGUAUCGGAGAGUUCGUCAUGUGGUUCAGUCUCCAGCGAACGACUUUCAUACAAGCGACAGAUUGAAAACGAUGUGGAAAAUGAUUCCAUAUUUACAUAUAAAUCUGGCAGCAGCCGUCGUUCCUCAGCUACAAACAACAACAAUGCCAAUCCAAUCGACAUUCCAGGCAGUCCCAUUGCAGUGAGAUCCAAAAACAAUCUAUUCUUUGUUAGCUCCGAAUCGGCUGAACAGGAACGAACGCGUGACCUACAGAGCGAUCGUCAGGCGACAACAAUGUCCGGAAGUGCAAUAGCAUGAGAAUUAUUUCUCUGAUUUGGUUAUACCUUUAUGCAACCGAUUUAUUUUCUACAAUGCUCCAAAGUUCUUCUACUAAAGCACCAUCUUUAAAUAAUCUUCGCCGCUGCCCCAGCGACCAUCACCAUCAGCUGCAAGAGCAGAUCCAGAAUUUUGAGCAACUCCAAUAAUUAAAAAAUUAAACCAACAUGAACUAACAAUUUAUCAUAAACAGAUCCUAACGUACGUAUAACCUAACAUCUUAAUUGUUUUAACACUCUCAAAGAACACAAGAAAAAGUAUUAAGAAAUCAAUGAAAAAGGAAAUGUAAACAGAACAAAGCAAUAACGAACAAUUUCAACACUAUUUGCAAAGUCACUUAAACACAAGCAAUUGACAGCAAAAAUUAAAACUUCAGCAAAUCCGGUAUAUACAAUGAGAAAUACUAUAUGCAUUUAGGAAAAUUAAUGUGUGCAUCGACGAUGAUUCACAGAAUAUUUUUUUAUAUUAAAAAGUUUGCUUUUUAACUCCCUAAAUAUCGUCUUAGAAUUACAUCUAAAUGCUUUAAAUAAAAAUCAAAAUGGCCUCCGAUUUAUGCUUAUAUGAAAGUUUAUACAAAACGUCAUUCAAAAAUGCAUACCGACAUUCGUACAUACUAACACAAACACAUAGAACUUUUUGUUUUAUUUUACCGACAAAUCAUAGAAAGCUUGCGAACAACCUUUUUAGAAAACAUUCCGUAUAUGCUUACAUAUGUAGGUACGUAUUGCAUAUAAAAAAUUAGUUUCCAUUACGACCGAUUUCCAAUAUUUCUUACAACUUGACAGCGUGAUCGUUUUUGUGAAAAAAAUCAUUCAAUUGCGCUUCAUUCCCCAAAAUUUAAGUAUUGUUCAAUGCCAUUCGUCCUUUAAAGAAGAUUAAUAUUGUUAUGUGUUUUAUUUCAUUUAAUUUUUAAUGAGCCUCGUGAUUUCAGAACUUUAACCUACAGUAUUUAAGUUAUCUAUUAUCCAUAUAUAGACAUUUGUUGCUCGAGUGGAUAUCUUGAUAAACUAUUGACAUUACUCUACAUCGACAAAAAUAAUUAUAAUACCAAUAACACUUUAACAAUAGUGACAAAAUGUAAGUCUUAAACCGUGGAAUAAAAUAAAUACUCCGUUUUUUACGCUUAAAAAGUGUUGUUCUUUUCAAUAUAUGACCAUGUAUUCACUAUUUUAAGUAGCCUUCGAUACCCAAAAAAGUAUGCAUAUCAUGCAACCAACGUGUUAAGAAGCUCUCACUUGCUCUUUCACAUUCUACAGAAUUUGGUUUAAUGAAAAACCAGUAAGGAAAGGCAAAAGUCGGACGGUGCCGACUUAACAAUACCCUUCAGCUACCCUAUAGGUACAAAGUGGGAGCUAUGUCUAAUUCUGAACCAAUUUUGAUGGACCUCGCCGGAUGUUUUCAGAUGGGUUAUUAAACUAUCCGUAUGAAAUUUCGAGCUUAUAUGUUCAAACUGUAAUAACUAGAGUUCACAAUUGACAACAUUAUUACAAAUUACGCAAAAUUUGAUAAUGUGGUACUCGUCGAGAAAUGCGUUGUGCAAAAUUUUGGCAAGAUUGGUCAAAAAAAGCUGUUGCAGUGGCUCUAGAAGUGAAAAUCGGGCGAUGUACAUAUAUAACAGAUAUAUCUUAAUCUGAACCGAUUUCUAUGAAAUUCAGCAAAAAUGUCGAAAAGCAAGAAAAGCCUGGCAUAUUUCGAGAGAAUCGAUGAACAAAUGACCAUUUGAUUGCAAUUAUACUGCAAAUCGGACCUGAAUAUAUAUAUGAAAGAUAUGUCGAACCGAUUUCGAGUAAACUUUACAGACAUUGUGGAAGUCGUCGAGGAAAGCGUUGUACAAAAUUUUGGGAACGCUUUCUUUGAAAUUCACCAGUAAUGUCGAAAAUCAUUAGAAAAUCCUUCCUGCCAAAUUUCAAAAGAAUCGGGUAACAAAUGACCAUUUUAUUGCAUUAUUACUGCAAAUCGGGCGAACAUAUAUAUGGGAGCUAUAUCCAAAUUUGAAGCGAUUUUUUCCAAUUUCAAUAAACUUCGUCUCUAGGCCGAAAACAUGCCCAUACCAAAUUAUGAAGGCGAUCGGACGAAAAUUGCGACCUGUGAUUUGUACACAAAUUAACAUGGACAGACGGACAGACAGACGGACAUAGCUAAAUCGAAUCAAAAAGUGAUUCUGAGUUGAUCGGUAUACUUAUGAAUGUGUCUGUCUCUCUUCCUUUUGGGUGUUACAAACUAAUUCACUAAGUUAUAAUACCCUGUACCACUGUUGUGGUGUAGGGUAUAAUAAGCGUCUAUCGGGUUCCUGCUGACUUCAUAUAAUGUAAACCCUAAUUAAAGGAAUUUUGUGGUGUGGUGUUUAUUUAGUAAUUGCUGUUGUGUUGUUGAAUUUAUUCUCAAGGCUUCUGUUUUAAGUGAAGUUCGCUGGAAUCUCCGAUUCUCUCUGGUGCCCAAGCAGCGCAUACAGUUGUUCCGCGGGGAUUUUUUUUUUGUCACAUCCAAAUUAUCGAGACUAUUUUUUGGUUCCUUAAAAACUCCUUUGGAGAGUUCUUCUAUCACGUUUGUGGCUGAUUAUAUUUUCUACAGCUUCAAACAUAACUUGUCAUAUUGGUUAGCCAAUAAAUCCUAGUUGUCGCACUAAAUUUUUAAAACUGAUUCACCAAUAAGCAAAUUGAUGACGUGUGUUCUUGAUUCUUCUUCGAUGAGACUUAUAAAGUUCACCAACGUUUCUAUAACAGACACGAUUUCUACCUUCCACAAACUCGUUGAAUUAAAAAAACGAAAUAAUAUUUUUAUACCACAUAGCACUUUCCACUUUUAAAAACUGUUGAACCAUUGCAGCCGCCUCUUGUUUGGAUAUCAAUUAUCAGGUCUAAUGAAUUUUUCCAUUGUUCCAUCGCAUACUUUUGCAAACAAUCGUGCUUCUGUGGACUACUUUCAAAGAUGUUAUUGGCUUUCUUGUUAUGAAUUACAGCGUCCUUAAAAAUGUGUGUUGUCUUACUAUUGAUGACAUAGUGCUUCCACUCUUCAUCCUCAAUUGUUUCGUUUUAGCUGUUUGCAUCAAAUUUUAAUUUUUUCUCCAAAUGAAUGGCAUGAUUUGAAUGGAAAAUCCACCUAAUGGUUUUUCAGAACUAGCCAUUUCAAUAUAUUGGGACCGUCUGAAAUGGUAGCUACUAUGAGGUUUUCAAAACGUAUUCUAUAUUCAUGAACCUUUUCUUUUAUCAUUGCUCGAAUAAUAGAUGCAUUACACUUUUCAAUAACACUGUACAACAACAAAUACAUACAUUAUCGAUCCUCUUGACAUUCGAAGACGAUCUAGGAAUUUCCGUCAGUUCGUCCGUCUGAGCAAAUUACGAUAGCGGUCGAACGAAUAGAGAUAUAGGUUUGAAAUUUUGCAGGGAUUCUCUUUAUUGAUGUAGGUCGUUCUGAUUUAAUUCUGUUCUGAUUUGGAUAAAACUCCCAUAUAUAUCAGAGGCUACCGUAGCGCAGAGGUUAGCAUGUCCGCCUAUGACGCUGAACGCCUGGGUUCCAAUCCUGGCGAGACCAUCAGAAAGAAUUUUCAGCGGUGAUUUUUCCCUCCUAAUGCUGGCAACAUUUGUGAGGUACUAUGUCAUGUAAAACUUCUCUCCAAAGCGGUGUCGCACUGCGGCACGCCGUUCGGACUCGGCUAUAUAAAGGAGGCCUCUUAUCAUUGAGCUUAAACUUGAAUCGGACUACACUCAUUGAUAUAUGAGAAGUUUGCCCCUGUUCCUUAGUGGAAUGUUCAUGGGCAUGAGAAGUUUGCCCCUGUUCCUUAAUGUAAUGCUCAUGGGCAAAAUUUGCAUUUAUUGGUCCUUCGACUUGAUUUCUGGAACCCUUAGAAGCUGUAAUUAUUAUCCGAUUGUGCUGAAGCUACACUUAGUGAUCUGUUAUGACUUCCUAGGAUUGUGCAGGGUAUGGUCCAAAUCGGUCUAUCACCUGAUAUAGCUCCCAUGUGUACCGAUCUCCCGAUUUGACAUUUUGAGCCCCAAACACCGCAAUGUUCAUUCGAUUUUACUGAAAUUUUUCGCGUGGUGUUCUAUUCCGACUUCCAACGGUCAUACCAAGAAUAGUCCAAAUCGGUGUAUAACCUGAUAUAGCUCCCAUAUAUACUAAUCUCCCGAUUUAAUGACUUGAGCCACUGGAAACCGCAAUUGCUAUCCGAUUUAGCUGAACUUUUGCACGCAUUGUUUUUUUAUGACUAGAAAAUUCUCUUUGCACCCCACGGAAUCAUUCUUUAUGCAUUUUCGCACGUCCUACAAAAUUUUCAAUAAAUGAAAAAGACAUUUAAUGCAACUAGAAAUUCAUAUGUUUGCUGCUUGUCUUUGAAAAGAACGAUCUACCUUCAGGCUUUUCUCUUUAGCUUUGCGUAAAGUUUCUUGGAGGAUAUUCCUAUGUUUGGUGUACCUAUUCUUCUAUCUACAACAUUGUACGCAUGUUUUUAAUAGUCGUAUUUUUGUAUAAAAGUUUAUUAAAAUCAUUAAUGCCUAUGGAUUACAACCCUCCGAUGUACUUUGUAUUGGGUUGGUCAAAAAGUAAUUGCGGAUUUUUCAUAUAGUCGGCGUUGACAAAUUUUUUCACAGCUUGUGACUCUGUAAUUGCAUUCUUUCUUCUGUCAGUAAUCAGCUGUUACUUUUAGCUUGCUUUAGAAAAAAAAAGUGUAAAAAAGUAUAUUUUAUUAAAGUUCAUUCUAAGUUUUAUUAAAAGUCAUUUACUUUCUUUUAAAAAAUCCGCAAUUACUUUUUGGGCAACCCAAUAUAUUCAAGCAACGAAUUUACAACGGAGUCGUUCUUGAAUUGGCAGAAUUCAAGUAGUUGUAACCAAUUAAAUGCGUAAUAAGUUUGGCCCUUUAUUUUGGAAUUAUGUAGCUAAGAUCUAUUACCAUACAAUUAUCUAUUCCACGUGAUUAAUUGCUUGUUUUUGGUGUAUUCUUUACAAUUGUAUACAACAAACAAGUAAAAGCGUGCUAAGUUCGGCCGGGCCGAAUCUUAUAUACCCUCCACCAUGGAUCGCAUUUGUCGAGUUCUUUUCCCGGCAUCUCUUCUUAGGCAAAAAAGGAUAUAAGAAAAGAGUUGCUCUGCUAUUAAAACGAUAUCAAG